AUGUCAUCUGUCAUCUGUGACAAGCUGCCCACACCAACCCAACACGGGGACGAUAAGAAGGGUCCUCACAAGGACACUACAGGAGGCGACACGAAAGGUUCUUACAAGGACAGUACAGACGUCAACUGGCCGUCCUUAGCAGGCUGUGUCCUGACCGCGGGGCUGGAGAUCGUCUUAAGAUGUCUUCGUGUGGGGGCCUCGUGUGGCCAGUUGACGGAGAUGCUCAUAGCCUUGACACAGUUUCAGAUGGUCCACAAGCCAAACCUUGCUCUGUUGUUGUUGAGUGAACUAUUGGCCACGCCCAGUCUGGCAUAUCACCCUCGACUCUUUACUCUUGCUCGUCUGGUUGUUGAAGCUUGCCCUAACUGGUCAAACAGGCUGUGCCUGGCCUCUCUGGUCAAGCCAGUUUUGCAGUUUCUAGCCCUGCCCAACAACAAACUAUGCUAUGGCAAGUCAAAAAAUCUGGCAACAUUAAAAACUAGAGCUGGCCAGCUGUUGGUUGGAAUAGAAGAAAAGUUGAAACAUGCUACUACUACAGAUAAGUCUGAGGAAAUAUCUCCAGCAAGUUAUUGUCUUGGCUCCACUGGAUAUAAUUGUCAGCUAGCAAGUGAGCUGUGCCAGAAUCUUGUAGCACCUGCCUGCAAGUCACCUGACUUAACCCAGUCUGCCUGGCUAAACAACGUGUCAUCAUCUCUAGACAAACCUGAGUCGUGUACCCUUGUACUCAACCAUCUGAUCUCUGCCAUCUUAAUUAGCACCAGUUCAACAGAUGUGCUACACUCUGGACUUGCUGCCAUUACUAAACUUGCUAGACUUGAUCCUGUACAGGCACCAGAUUUUUUGCCUCUAAUUCUGUACGUCCUGGGGAAAAGUCAGGAUCCAGAAGUUAAACUUCAACUGUUGGAAGCCAUACCUCAGCUAGCUACACAUAAGUUUUGCAUCCCACCUGUCUUAAAAACAAUUCAAGCACUGAGUAGAUCUGAAGAUCUCAAGGCUGUUUCUAUCAGGCUUCUAGUGUUGCUAUGGAAACAACAGGACCGAUGCUUUCCCCAGCUGUUACAAGCAAUAAGUGACCCACAUCCUGUUCAAACUGGUUCUCCAGUGAAUCUUAUACUGUUGGCUAAGGCUUCUGCAAUCUUGGACAUCUGCAAGUAUAAACCAGAGCAAUAUGGCGCCCAGCUACUUGCCCCCCUGUCAGACCUGUUGUCCGCGGCAACCAGUGAAGCUGAGACUGCCGUGUCUGUUCUGGCACUGGAGGGUCUGUACCUGCUGUGUGAGGCCGAGGUCAUUGACAUCCAGUCCCUGUGGGCUGUGCUGGGGGAACAGUGUACCCAGGAGAAGAGGCCUCUAGUGGUCACUAGAAUCUGUAGGCUGUUGUCACUGGUGCCGAGGUUAAAGGUUAAGACUGAUGAGUAUGAGGUCUUUACCCAAGGUACCCUCAUCAUUUUGUGGAUGCACUCACAAAGUCAUUUGUCUGAAGUCAGAAGUGCUGCAUUUCAUGCACUUUCUCAAUUCAGUGGCAGUCAGUUCUGUGUUAGCCACUUACCAAAAACAGUAACAGCAGAGCUCUACCAACAAGCUGAUCUGGUAGCCAAGCAACAAGCAGAGGCUGGAGAUGAUACAGUGGUCAGUGUUGACCAGAUGUUUCCUCAAGUUCCAGGCUCCUGUUAUGUGGACAUCUUAAAGACAGUCUCUGAUGGAGACAGCAUUCAAGGCUACACAAAGUUUCUGCAGUCACUUGCACACAGUGAGGCUGCCAACCUACCCAGAAGUGUUUUCUUCUCUUCACUACGUCGUCAUGGCUCCACUCAAGACAAUUCUGUGGAGAUGAUUCCAAAUUUUCUCUUACAACAGUAUGACAAGUGUAAACAACCAGGCCUGCGCCCAGGUCUAGCAGCUGGACUUCUGUUCUGCUAUGACCCUCCCCUUGAGGUAGGCAGAGAUGGACGACCAAGAAAACACUACGUCUUACGUCAUGGGAAAACUUUCCUGGAGAUGUUUGGCACCUUGUUACAGGAGGUCCCUGUUCAGCCCUCUGACUGGCACAGGUGUGCUCUAAUGCCUCAAGCCUGGAGUUCCUUCAUGGUCAGACUGUUUCUGUCUCUCUUAGAGAGUCGUAAAGCUGACUUGGAGCUUCAAGAAAAACAUGGCCAUAUUUUACCCUCAGAUCUGGAGGAGAAGAAAGUCAUAGCGUGGCUGUCGACCAGAGAUUCCAUCUUGGAUGUCAUCAAAGCCUCAUCAAGGGGGACGCCAGCUGCCCAGGCCAACUCUGUGAUGUCACUGGCAGGUCUGGCACUCUGCCUGCACAAGUUUGUCGCUGACAUGGAACCUGCUCAGGUCAAGGCCGCCGAGGGUCGACCUGAAUUUCUCUGCCACUCCCACUGGCUGGCGGUCACUUACGAGACCAUCCUGUCACUUGCUGAUGGCCAGUACACACCUGUAGGAAACCUGCACGGUCUGUGUCAGCAGGUGAGUCUCUGCUACUGA